AUGAAGGUCUUCCAUCGAGCCACCUUUGACCCGCUGGCAGCAGGAACAGCGGCCGAUAACAAAUGGACCGGGGAUAAGGCGCAGUCAGAGCUGGCAAUUGGGCUUUCCAUCUCGAUUCCACCGCGUCAACGAAAUGAAGUAAUCGACAAGCUUGCCAACGCGUCUUCGAGCCCAGGCGUUUCCGUAGAGGCAAAUGCCUACCGUCAAGGACCAAGCGAAGAGACCCGAGGCUGCUUUCGGCAAUGUCUCCUCGGGGCGCUUCGAGCUGUCUGGAGGAACGAGAAGACCGAGGAGUGCUUUUUGCACCUUGCUAACAUGCUCGACACAAACGGCUGCGCUGUCUUUGCGGGCCUGAUCGAUAUUCCAAGCUUCCAGACGCUCGUCGAUGAAUUCACCAAAGCGAUGGAGAAACAUGGCUGCGGCGCCUUCCUCCACUCGUACAUGAACCUGGCAGACCAACCGGAGUUUCUUCAGGAUUCCAGAUUCAACUCGGCUUUUGCACACCCCUUGCUCAUAGCUCUCAUGGCCUACGCCAUGGGCGGCCCAGUCGGGAUGACGGAUGUACGUGCUAAAGACACUCCGCCAAUCUCGGUCAACGCUCAAGACAACAUGCUCCAUAUCGACAACAGCCCCUUCCGCCAGGAGUAUAAGGUCUUGCUCUGCUGGGACCGCGGACUCACCAAGGGACCCGACGGCCAAAACUUUGUCUUUCUUCCAGGCACUCACAAGGGUAACCGCAACAUAAGGCACGACAAAGAUGGCAACCCGUGGUCAACGGAGAAUGAUAGCGUUUUCCUCACAGACAAAGCUCUUAGCGACCUCUUGGACUUCCAGAAGACGGUUCGAGGAAAUUCUCCCACCAUUGUUGAAGUUGAAUACCCCGCGCAACCCAUAUCUGUGCUUUUUAGUGCCGCAUCGCUGGUCCAUCAUCGCUAUCGCACAGAGUAUGGCAAGCCGCGGAGUUGCAUCAUCGCCGCCUUCCACCUUACGGCAGAAAGCCCUGGAUCUGUCAUUAAUGACAAAGCUUUGGAUACGUCGAGGGGUCUCCCUGGCGCAGUUAUUAGCUGCCGGGACGCGCUAACACCCUCUGCGUUCAUCUCGUUACUGAUACAUGAAUCGUCGCGGAUCGAAGCCAAAGUCGGCGAGAUUUUUCAGGACAAUGCUGAUAGCCCCAGUACCUCGUCCUCGAUGGUGGAAAUAGACGCCCUCGCCCUCAAGCCCGACGCUAUGGCACGUUGGCGCGAGACUGUGAUAAAUUCACCGUCUGCCUCGAGCAUUAAGCUCAGUCGCAAUGUAAGACUGUCGACUAAGAAGACGCUCAUGGACCGGGACGAGUUGCUGAAACGAAUAACAGAUGUAAUGGUAUAUGACAAGCACGGCUUGCUGGAUUUGAUCCUGUACCACGAUGGGCAUGAGGAGGUACGCAAGCCGGCACGCAAACUGAUCUGGUCCAUGGUGCCGGAGCAGAUCACAACGGAGCUGGCGGCUUGGAUUGGAUAUGGUGCGAGGGUACCCGACGACUUCUUCUCCUUCUCCGUGGCCGAUAUUUUGGAACCCCAAGUCCUGAAGAGCAGGGCCGACAGAUUAGCUAUCAGGGUGGGAGAAUGUCUUCAUGUGGCAACAAGAGGCAGUGGGCAUGCUCACGCCGCUGAUCGGAUCCGGGUUUGGCGCUCUUUCCACCAGCUGCUGAUUGAUUUGGCUGAGUCUAUUGUCAGAUGUGAAAAAGUUGAGACUUACAUCUCGACGAACCUCUUCGUCUUCUGGACCAUUCAUCAUCUUUUGCCGGCGCUAGAUUCCGAGACCGCAAUGCAAGGCGUUGAAGUUGGCAUCCUGUACAUUCGGUGCUAUUUAGCAUCAGUCCUAAUGGUUGAGAGUGCAUGA